AUGGGCAGGCGAGACCCCUUCAGGGUCUGCAGGCUCUUCUGGUUCUCCCGCUUCAAGCGAAGGCAGCGAGACCGUGAGAAAUUUCUCGGCGGCGCUGAAGAUGCGCGCCACUUCCGACCCAGCGCUGGCCCCGCGUUCACCCUCGCUACCUCUCUCUGUUGCAGGAAGCCUUGGGAGCAGGUCCCCAAAAAGCCAAAGCGGAAGAAAAGGCGGCGACGCAACGUGAACUGCCUGAAGAACGUGGUGAUCUGGUAUGAGGACCACAAGCACCGCUGCCCGUACGAGCCGCACCUGGUGGAGCUAGACCCCACUUUCGGCCUGUACACCACGGCCGUGUGGCAGUGCGAAGCUGGCCACCGCUACUUCCAGGACCUGCACUCGCCCCUGAAGCCCCUCAGCGACUCAGACCCAGACAGUGACAAAGUGGGCAAUGGGCUGGUGGCCGGCAGCUCCGACUCGUCCAGCUCUGGCUCUGGCUCUGACUCUGAGGAGCCCCCUGAAGGCCAGCCAGUCAAGGCUGCAGCAGCGGCAGCGGCGGUGACGCCCACCAGCCCGGUGGGCAGCAGCGGGCUCAUCACUCAGGAGGGCGUGCACAUCCCCUUUGACGUCCACCAUGUGGAGAGCCUGGCUGAGCAGGGUACCCCGCUGUGCCCCAACCCAGCAGGCAGUGGGCCCGAAGCCCUGGAGACGGUGGUGUGCGUCCCGGUGCCUGUGCAAGUGGGUGCGGGCCCCGGCGCCCUCUUUGAGAACGUGCCCCAGGAGGCCCUGGGUGAGGUGGUGGCCAGCUGCCCCAUGCCAGGCAUGGUGCCCGGCUCACAGGUGAUCAUCAUCGCGGGCCCUGGCUACGACGCUCUCACGGCCGAGGGCAUUCACCUCAACAUGGCAGCGGGCAGCGGUGCCCCCAGCGGUGGCCUGGGCGAGGAGGGGCCCUGUGCCAUGAUGGAGGGUGUGGCGGCCUACACCCAGACAGAGCCCGAGGGUAGCCAGCCUAGCACCACGGACGCCACUGCAGUAGCAGGCAUCGAGACCAAGAAAGAGAAGGAGGACCUAUGCUUGCUCAAGAAGGAGGAGAAGGAGGAGCCAGUAGCCCCGGAACUGGCAACGACGGUGCCUGAAAGCGCAGAGCCCGAGGCAGAGGCAGACGGGGAGGAGCUGGAUGGCAGCGAUAUGUCAGCCAUCAUCUACGAAAUCCCCAAGGAGCCCGAAAAGAGGCGGCGGAGCAAGCGGUCGCGGGUGAUGGACGCUGACGGCCUGCUGGAGAUGUUCCACUGCCCAUACGAGGGCUGCAGCCAAGUCUACGUGGCCCUCAGCAGCUUCCAGAACCACGUCAAUCUUGUGCAUCGGAAAGGAAAGACCAAAGUGUGCCCUCAUCCUGGCUGUGGCAAGAAGUUCUAUUUAUCCAACCACCUGCGGCGGCACAUGAUCAUCCAUUCAGGUGUCCGUGAAUUCACCUGCGAGACCUGCGGCAAGUCCUUCAAGAGGAAGAACCACCUGGAGGUACAUCGGCGCACGCACACCGGCGAGACUCCCCUGCAGUGCGAGAUCUGUGGCUACCAGUGCCGGCAGCGGGCGUCCCUCAACUGGCACAUGAAGAAGCACACUGCGGAGGUGCAGUAUAACUUCACGUGUGAUCGCUGCGGGAAGCGCUUUGAGAAGCUGGACAGCGUCAAGUUCCACACGCUCAAAAGCCACCCGGAUCACAAGCCCACCUGACCCACCUGACGACUGACCACCCCUAUUUAUUCGUCCGCUCGGACACCACUCCCGGGCUUGCUGUGGCCUGGACAGCUGCGAGGGCCGCCCGGACCGCGGGCCGGAAGGAGGCGCCCUCGCCCCACCCCAGGGCUGGGCCCCCUGGGCAGGUUCCCCACCCCGCCCCACCGCAUCCUUCUCGGAGCUGGUACCUGGGGCUGCAUUGCUGGAACUGUCAAGAGAGCAGAGUGAGAUUAAAGAGCGAGAAAGGAGA